AUGAAUACUGUUUUAAUUUUGGGAAUAUUUACAAUUUUAACUCACUAAUUUUAAAGAUUUUCUUACGCUUAAGAAUGUCCUACAUUUUCUAGACAAAUUAUGCCCAGAUUUUAUGAUGGCUAUGUUAUUUCUAAUUAUUUGCAAAUACCUAAUACUAAUAUUCUUUUAGUGAAUUCAAUUUAUUCUGAGAAUAAUAAGGCUGUUUCAAGUAUUGUUUUUUAUAAUGAUAUCUCAAAGUAAAUUGAUAAUAUUAUAAAUGCAAUCAAGCCUAGCUAUGUCAUAAAUUAGAUGGAGUAUAUCUAGUAGAGAAAUCAAAUUUUAGCCUUAAAUUAAUAGGGAAUUAUAUUUGCUGAUCCUUACACUCUUGAAUCAAUUUAAUCUUUUACAUAUAGCAGGUUAGUCUCGAUGUCUUUAUUAAAUGGUUCAAAAUAUGCUUUGCUUUAAUCAUAUUUAUACGUCUUAUACAUAAUCGAUAUUGUUUCUGGAGAACAAAUUUUUACUUUAGAUGUAUCUUCAUACAACUCAAACCCUUAUAAUUAUAUUGCAAUAGCCAAAUUUUUUUCUCUUUAAAAUGGCUAGUAGUUUAUAGUUGUUCUAGACGUAUACGGAGCUUAUACUUGGAGUCUUAAUUUGAUUAAUGUUUAUUCUACUUAUAAUGGAUAUUUUGCAAAAAGCGAUCAAACCAGUGUAACAUAUAAUUUAGUUGAUCUCCAUUCAAAUUACGAUAUAAUGUUUUUAGCUACUAGUUAUUAUGGAAUGAAUGCCUACCAAAUAAUAGAUUUACAAAAAAAUUAAAUAAAUAUAUUAUAAGGCUAUUAUGUUCAACGAGGUAGCUAGGAAAAUAGUUUCAUUAGUUUACAAAGUAUAAUUAUGGAUAAUCAGUAAACUAGUUUAUUUCUUACUGAUAAGUAUAACAUAUUUAGAUUGGAUUUAAAUAUUCAAUAUAAUUAAAGUACAAAUACUUAUGAUGUAUUUGAUUUUGUUAAUAUCAAUUAACCAUUUAUUGUUUAAACUGGUGAAUAAUAUAAAAGUUGGUACCAUCUCAAAUGCAAAAAUUAAUUUUUAAUACCAUACUUUACCAGCUUUUUUUAUUAAACAGGAACACUUGUAUAUUCUUAUAAUACCAAUUAAUCUUAUAUUCGCUCAACUUUUCCAUCCUCUGGAUAUACUAAAAUAUUUGGCUUUGAAUUAGAUUAAUAGUAGUAUUUUGUUGUCCCACAGUUGAACAGAAUUUUAAUUACAAAAGAUUCUCCAAAUAAUGAUGUUUCAUAAGUUUUUAUUAUGAAAAGAAAUAUUGAAGUUAGAUAAAAUACAUUUUUCUAAGUUAAAAACUGCGAUAAUUGUUUUGUAUUAAUGUAAGAAAAUUAAUAUAUAAGCAUUAAUCAAGUUCUGAAUGAUACAUUUUCAAUAAUAGAAUUUGAUCUUAGCUAGUUAAGUUUAAAUAUAAACAAAAUAAGUACCAAUAUUGAUCCUUAUUAAGAUAAUAAUAACAAAUUUUGGGUAGUGGUUGGUUUACCAUAAAAAGAAAAUAAUGAGAACUUUCUAUUCUAUGCAAUUUGCAUUAAUGAUAAUACUUACUAGUAACUUUAUUCAAAUGAUCCGAUAGAUAAUACCUUAUCAUCUAGCUUCGCUCUUUAUUCUACAAUUGAUUAAGAGAUUAUUGGUAUAGAUCUUAGAGGAUACAUAUAUGGUUGGGAUGCUAAAGAUUUUUCAUUUAAAUAUAAAAAAACUCCAUAAUAUAGUUGCUAAAAUUCAAAUAUAGGAUAACUUUAUCAAAAAGAUAACUAAAAGUUUCUUAUUAUAGUAUGUAGUGAUUUUAAUGCUAUAAGUUAUAAUUUUAAUACAGGUGAAACAGUGGUUUUAACAAAAUUAUCAUCUAAUCCAUUUACUAUUAAUGUAUUUGAUUCAAUUGAUAUGAUUGGCAUAGGUGAUUAAAGUAAUGGAGAAGUGUAUCUUUGGUAUUUAAACUCAAAAACUUCAAAUUUUAGCUUAUUUAUGAAUUUUUAAACUCCUUAGUACACAGAUGUUAUAAAUAAUUUAUAAUAUAUAAAAUAAAAUAAAACAUUAUUUAUAUAAUAUUACUAUGGAAAUUUGCUCCUUCCUAUUGGUUAAUGCCUAUCUAAUGUUACAAGCUGCUUAAGUUGUUAGAUGAGUUUCUAUUUUAAUACUAGUGAAAUAAAUGGCUAAUUAAAUAUGUAUGGGUAAGGUACUUUGAGUAAUCCAUACACCUCUUCAUUGAGUAUCAUAUAAGCAUUUUUGAUGGUUUAAUAAUACUUUUAGCUGAUUAAAAAUGUUAUAAACGUUUAGGCUUACAUUCAUAUUAAUAGUGAAAAUAAAAUGACAUUUUAUAAUAGGUUACUUACUCUUGAAGCAUUUUAAAAGACUAAUUUAUUUAUAUAAAGUUGGGAUUAAGAGAAAUAAGCUUAAAUUAAUGUUAGCGGAUAGCUACAGUUUUCUGGUUUGGAACUACUAAAUUUAGAUAAUUUGCUACUUUAAUUUACUAUUGAUGCCAAUGCUUCUCAAUAAUGUGGUAUAUAGUUCUAAAAUAUAUUAGAAAAAGUUUUUAUAGAUAACAUUUAGAUAACUUCUUCUAAUUAGGCUAUUAAUUGCUUUACUAUUUAAAUAAAUUAGUCUGAUGUUAUCUUAUAAAACAUCAGCCUUAAAAAUAAAGAUUUUUCAAAUGUUUCUUCACUCAUUACUAUACAAAACUCAUAAAAGGUUUCAUUUAAUAAUUUUUCCAUAGAGAGUUGUACACUAAACUAAAAUUUUAGUAUAUUAACAUAAAUAAGUGAUGUUUAAGUUUUAAUAGAUACAGUGAUAAUUUAAAAUAAUGUUUGUGAUACAAGCAAAGUAUAUUAUCCAUAAUUUUCUGGCUAGCUGUUUAAAGCAGGUUAAUAUAAUGUUACUAAUUUAAUUGCAACCGGAAAUUAAUUUUGCAAUUUAAAAGUAUUUUCAACUGUGAGUAAUAUUUAAUAGUAAGAUAUUAAGUUUCAAUUUUAAGAUAUAGUUUUAAUGAAUAAUUAAUUUUAUAUUUCUUCCACUUAUCUUCUCUUCAAUGCAAUAUAUUCUAUUAAUCCUAUCCCUUAACAUCACUUAACUAUGAAAAACUUAACUUUUUCUGAUAAUAAAUACUUUCCUUCCUCAUAAGUUUCAUCCGACAUAUAUUUAGGCAUUACAUAGUUUGUAUUAACUGAGAAAAUUUUAUCAGUUUCAAUUACUGAUGUAAAAGUUGAAAAUCAUCAAGAAAUAGGAUUUUGUUCAAUCUCUUAAUCUUCUCUAAUUUCACUUAACUAUAUAAGUUGUAGAAAUAACAAAUCUUUUUAUGACAGUGUAAAAAAUAGAGAAUAUGGAGGAUGUUUGCUAUUUAGAGAAGUUAAAGAAUUCAAUUUACUAAGUCUCUAGUCUGAAUACUUAAAGGGUUUUAACAAUCUAAUAUUGGCAAUAAAUAACUAAAUUUACACCAAUUCAAUAAUCUAAAUAAAAAAAGUCAAUAUAACUAAAUCAUAUUUUGAAUAGAAUCAAACUAAUUCGCCAGCUAACCCUAUUUUAAUAAAUUCUAUUUAUUACUCUAAUGUUACUAUUUAGGAUUCAAUAUUUUCUGAAAAUUAGUUAAUAGGAAUAUUUAAUCCUCAGUAAUUCUCUACUACAGGAAUAUAAAUACUAAAUCCUUUAGGAAUUAUUAUACUUAAUAAUAACCAGUUUUUUAAUUCUAAAUCAAACUCACUUUUUAAUUAUCAAUAUUUGGUAGGUAUGAAUAUUGAUAUCAGUAAUAACAUCUUUCAAAAUUCUUCAUUUGAUUUAAAUGAUGCAUCUGCAUCUUUUGUUCAAUAAGGAGGAUGUUUAAGAGCUAAGACCACAAACUUAAAUAUCCUUUCAUCAAACUUUAGUUAGUCUACAGCAAAUAUUGGCUCAUUUAUUUAUUUGGAAAGCUUAAGCAGUCAGUUAAAUUUGAAUGUUGAGAAUUCAUAGUUUAAUGAAGGGUAUUCUUAUUAAGAUGGUGGAGCUUUCUAUAUAGAAACCUCUCAUUCUAAAUUAAAUUUCUUAUGUAAUUAAUGCAAUUUUAGUAAUAUUUAUACCCUAAGUCCUUAAUCUUCUACCAUCUCAAUAGCCAUUUAAAAUACAACAUUUAAUGAAACUUAUCCAGACUACAUAAACUAAAUAGUCUCUGUAUUUGAUAUUCAAUCAGUUACUUUAAUAUAGGCACAACUAUCUAAUUUAUAAAUAAUCAAUUGUGAUUUUGAUAAUCUAAUAAUAAAAAACCUUGAGCAACAUACUCCUCUACUAAUAAAUACCACAAAUACUGAUGUUAUUUUAUAGAACCUUAAAAUUCAAAAUUCUUUUUUUUCAACAUAAUUGAUAAGCGUUAAUUAAGGGACUCUUAAUAUAUUGCAAUCUAAAUUUUUUAAUCUAAGUCAAAUUACCUCAAAAAGAAUGCUUUAGGAUUAGAAUUCUUAGGUUUACUUAGGUUCUCUCAUCAUGUUAAGUAAUUCUACAUUAAUUAUAGGAUAGGAAACAUUAUUUUAACUAAUAAAAUGUCCUAAUUGUUGUGGUUCUGUACUCUAGCUAUAACAAACUCAAUUUUAAAUUUUCAAUACUUAAUUUUUAAAAUCAUAAGCUAAAUAUGGAGGAGCUAUUUCAAUUUAAGGUCUAGUUUCUAACCAAAAUAAAAUAAAGAGUUCUACUUUAGUUUAAAAUACUGCUGUGAAUGAUGGAGGCGCUUUAUACUUAUUGGCUUUAAAGUCAGAUAUAUUCACUUUAGAGUUGAAUAAUUGCACUAUUUAGGAUAACAAAUCAUUGUAAGGAAAUGGAGGAGCAUUAUAUAUUCGUUCACAGAGUUCAUCUUCAUCUCUUUAAAUAAUUAAUAUACUUAAUUCAACACUAACAGGUAAUAAAGCAAAUGUUGGAGGAUGCAUAGACAAUUAAGUAAUUAAUCCAUCAAUAGAUUAACUUACUACUUUACAAAAUAACUAGGCAGUUUUAUAUGGAGAUAAUAUAAAUUCUUAUCCUAGCCAUUUAAACUUCAUUGUCACGGAUGAGUUAAUCCCAUAUUAUAAUUAAUCAACAAAUCACUUAACUUUCUAGAAGAUAAAGAGUGGAUAAUCAAUACCUAAAUUAGCUUUUUAGUUGAGGGACUAAACUUAAAAACCAAUUUUUCCUUUAGAUUCAUAAAAUAUAAACGUUUUUGUUUAAUUUAGUCUUAAAACAAAAAACUAUUCUAAUUAUUAUAUUAGAGGAAAUAAUACUGCUACUUUUGAUUUCAAAAACAAAUAUUUCAUAUUUGAUGGAAUAUAAUUAAUAGGAACUCCAAAUUCAUAAGCCAUUAUAGAAUUUAAGUCUGAUGCUAUUUAAAUACUUAAUUCUUAAACUAACUAAUACGAAUCUAAUUAUUCUUAUGAAGUUGAAGUUUAUUUUAGAAAUUGUUCAUAUGGCGAAAUUUAGAAUUCUUAUAACACAUAUACAGAGUGUGUUGUCUGUGAAUAAGAUAAGUAUUCAUUAGAUAGCAAGUAAUGCUAUUAAUGUCCAUCAGGAGCAAAAUGCAAAAAUGGUAUAAUAUUUGUAAAUGAAGGAUAUUGGAGAAAAUAGGAAAACAGUUCUUUAGUUAUUGAAUGUGUAAAUAAAGAUUAAAAUUGUGUUGGAAACAAUUAUGGUAAUUAUGCGUGUCAAGUAGGAUAUAUAGGACCUCUGUGCGAAGAAUGUGAUAUUCAUGGAGAUUUUUGGGGGCAAAGUUAUUCUAAAGUAGGUUCAUAUGAGUGUGGAUAAUGUAAAGAUUUAAGUUCUUAUCUAUGGAAGGUUAUUUUAGCAGUAACAUGGACUUUGUUUUCUAUAUAGCUUGCAAUUAGAGGAGAUUUAGAAGAAUAGGCUAUAAUCGCAGUUUAAGGAAUUUUUAAAAGGCACUCAACAAGAUUCUAAUCAAAACCAUCUUCAGAUAAAUCUUAAUUCUAAAAGAAAAAAACUAUUUAAUGGAAUUAACAAAAAUAUUAGAGUUCUCAAGAUUAAGAAAAAGCUAGUGUAUACAUAAAAGUUUUUACAAAUUAUUUGUAAAUUAUAGGAUCUAUCAUCUCAUUCAAUAUCAAGUAUGCUACAAAUAUAUUUGAUACUUCUUAGUAUUUAGGAACUCCAGUUAGAUAAUAAAUGAAUUCACUUGACUGCACUUUAAAAGAAAUAUAGACAGAUAUCCCACUAAUUUAUCUAAGAUUUCUUUUUUCUCUUUUAGUCCCUGUUGCUUAUUUCUUAACUUUUCUUUUAGGUUUGGUAUUGUAAAGAGUAUUCACUAAGGAUAAAAUUCAUAUAUACUCUAUGAGUACAGCUUUAAUAUUUAUUUUUAUUUUAGUUCAACCAGAUCUUGUUUCUUAAAUGGUUGCUAUUCUUUCAUGCAGAUAAAUAGGAGACUAAGAAUAUAUUCUAUUCAAUGUUAGCUAUGAAUGUAAUACAACUUAGCAUUUAAGAUAUAGUUAGUAUUUAAUCGUUCCUUCAUUAUUAUUUUUUGCUUUUAUAAUUCCUAUUCUCCUAUUUUACAUACUUUAUAGAAAUCGAAAAAAUUUACUUACUAUUAAAGUAAAUAAAUAAUAUGGUUUUCUUUACAGAGAAUAUAGAACUGAAAAAUAUUACUGGGAAUUUAUUAAAAUGUUGGAAAAGAUAUUUAUUAUUUUAAUACUGAAUUUUUAUUCUCAAGAAAUAAAUGUAAAAGGGGUUUUAAUUUUUGCCAUAAUAACUCUAUAUGGAAUAUAUUCUAACAUCUUGUAACCAUACAACCUUAAUGGAUAUAAUAUGAUUGAUUUUUAUUAAACAAACGUUUGUGCAAUUUCAGUGCUUCUUUGCUUAUUUAUAAAUAAUAACCCAUUCAAUUAUUUCGUAAUUAGUUCAAUAAUAAUAUUAGCUAUUAUAAAUAUCUGGUUUAUUAUUAUCGUAAUCCAUAGAGUUAUAAGAGGCUAUUUAAUAUAAAUUAAAGACAAAUUACUAGAAUUAAGUCAAAAAUUUUCUUUUACAAAAAGGAUUGUUUAGAAAUUUUAUAAAAAACCUAUAAAUCCAGAAUUAAAAGCUAAAAUAAGAAGAAUUCUUUUAGAAUACUUGAAAUUAAGAUAAGAAUAAAAAUGGGAUCUUUUAUUAAUAGGACUUAAAAAAUAAAUAGAAAGGAAUAAUUAAAGGUUAUUCAACGAAUAAUCAAUUAAGCCAACAGAAUCACAAAAUAAAUUAUAAAAAUAUGAAUCAAAAUUUGAACCUGAAUAAGACAUAGAAAUUGAUAUAGAUAAUGAUAUAGAAAUGAUUCCUUAAACUACUUUUAGCCCUCAUUAAAGUAAAACGUGUUUGGCUAAAGGUAAAUUUAUAAAGAAAAACAAAAAAUUUUAUAUAAAACUUUUUAAAAUAUUUAGAAAGCAACAAGCUAAAUAAAGCAAUCUAUAGUAAACAUAUAAAUUAAGAAUAAUCUUUAAAAGAAACUCCUAGAUAGAAGUCUUUAGCUAACGAAAAUCAAGAUAAUAAUUUAAUAGUUUUUACUUAAAAUAAUAGUGA